GUUCCUAUGACACAUGGUGAGCGCUCAAGGAGUUCACGUCGACCCCAAGAAAAUCGAAGCCGUACGUACGUGGAAGACACCCGAGAACGUGAAGGAGUUGCAGCAAUUCCUAGGCUUCGCUAAUUACUACAACAGGUUCGUGCCACAGUAUGCGAAAAUCGCAGCACCACUCACGAAUCUGCUAACGAAGAACACGCCCUACACAUGGGAGCCGAAACACCAGGAAGCCGUGGAGCAGCUGAAGCAAGCACUUACGUCCGCACCAGUACUCAUCUUGCCAGAUCCCAAACGCGACUACGUCAUCGAAGCUGACGCCAACGACCAGGCAGUGGGAGCAGUCUUCAUGCAAGACCAACCCUAACAGCAAGGCGUUCAGUUCAG